GUCACACCCACCGGUCUCAAAGGACUUCCAGCAGCUCACCGGUCUGAGACAGGAGCUCCGGUGAAUCCAGUAAAAACUAUUUCUCCCGCUAUUCGUUUUGGGAUGAGUCUGUUCAAACCUGUGGAUUUUCACCUUUAUGACAUAACAUGACCUUCAUCAGCACAAGUUUUUCCGUGUUGGUCCUGCUCCUCUCAACCACUGGGGUGUUUCCGCGGCCCGGCAUUGACUUUGGAAGCAGGACAAAGCGGGAUGUCCACUGCACAGGAAAUCUGCAGUACCCGAACGGCAACAAUUGCUGCUUGAACUGUCCAGCUGGUACGCAUGUGACAUCACACUGCAUCAAAACCGGAGAGAGGGGGCAGUGUCAGGAAUGCGACUACGAGACAUACACUGAGCAUCCCAAUCACCUAAAUCAGUGUCUCAAGUGCACAAAGUGUCGCCCAGAUCAGGAAGUUGUAAGGCACUGUAUGCCCACCCAAGAUACGGAAUGUCAGUGCAAAGCGGGAAGAUUUUGUGAUCCUCACCAAGCUUGUGAAAUAUGCAAGAGAUGUUCAAAGUGUGAAAAGGACGAGGAGAUAGAGAGGAACUGCACCUCUACCACCAACACGGAGUGCAAGAAAAUCCAGCCCAGCUCUGGCUCUGUCUCAGCAAACACACCUGUGAUUGUGAUCAUUGUAAUCUCCAGUCUUGUUGUGGUCGCUGGGGGGGUGGCAGUAUUCAUCUGGAAGAAAUGCAGAUCAACAGACACUGGGAGAGAUCUGCCGGAGGAGAUUAAAGUUGAGCAGGAUCCUCUAAAGCAUUACGCUGACAGCUGUCCCACUGAGGAAAGGGGGUACGGAGAAAUCCGAAGGCCAAGCUCCUCUCACUGGCCACUGGUGAGAGCCAAAUCCUCCGUCACUAUGGAGGAUAAGCACAAGCUGUGUGAAAGCCUCAACAGCUCAGCCAGUAACUCGCACCACAGUCUAACUGGCCUGCCAUCCGCCUUACCUGUAACCGCCUUCCACACCAGACCUGUGUUUGCCCGGAUGCCCGACAGGAGGGAAGAGGACUUUCCCAAACUUAAUCCUGUGAAUGAUGAAGAGUCUCUGAGGAAAUGCUUCGAGUAUUUUGAGGAUAUGGAGAUCGACCAACACAAGAGAUUCUUCCGUAACCUUGGGAUCCGCGACAACGUGAUUAAAAGCAAAGAGCUCCUUCCCUAUGAAGACAAGAUCCAUGAACUGCUGAAUAUUUGGGUGGAGAAAGAGGGCAGAGAGGCUAGCCUGAACGACCUGCUGAAAGCAUUACUUGAUUUGAAACAGAGGCAAACAGCGGAGACGGUCAUGGGGAAAGCUAUUCAGGAUGGUCAUUACGUUGAGUGUCCAUCAGAAUCCGAAAUACUUUAUUAAUCCCAGGGAGAAAUUGUGUUUGUUCCAAUGGCUCCAUGCAAGAUAAGAAAUAUAAGCUUAUAAGAGUGUAUCUUACACUCACUACAUUGAGAUGAGUAUCUAGUAGUGAGUGUAUCUUACACUCACUACAUUGAGAUGAGUAUCUAGUACACUCACUACAUUGAGAUGAGUAUCUAGUACACUCACUACAUUGAGAUGAGUAUCUAGUAGUGAGUGUAUCUUACACUCAGAGGGAGGCGUUGUGUAGUUUGAUGGCCACAGGCAGGAAUCACUUCCUGUGGUGCAUCUUGGUGGUCUCAGUCUUGCACUGAACGUGCUCCUGUGUUUGACCAGAACGUCAUGGAGAGGGUGGGAGACAUUGUCCAGAAUGGCAUGUAGUUUAAACUGCAUCCUUCUGUCUGUAACCGCUAUCAGGUGGUCCAGUUCACCCCCAGCAUCACUGGCCUUACGGAUCAGUUUGUUGUGUCUGUUGGCAUCUGCAACCCUCAGUCUGCUGCCCCAGCACACAACAGCAAACAGGAGAACACUGGCCACCACAGUCUCAUGAAACAUCCUCCGCAUAGUCCGGCAGAGGUUGAAGGAUCUCAGUCUUCUCAGGAAAUAGAGGCGGCCCUGGCCCUUCUUGUAGAGGGCAUCAGGGUUCUUAGCCCAGUCCAGCUUAUGGUCUAAAAACACUCCCAGGUAUUUGUAAUCCUCCACAAUGUCCACGCUGACCCCCUGGAUACAAACCCUCCUCAGAUUCACAACCAGCUCCUUUGUGAGAGGUGAACUUCCUUUUAGGAACGAAAAAAAAGGAUCAAAACAUGAGAGGACUACUCACUUGUGAGUUCCUUGUUGCUGAGUGCUUCUGCUCCAUCCAGUACUGGUUGGAGGAGCAUUGUACAAACCACAGUUGUGUUUUGGCCAGUAGUCAAUCUCUUCAGCCAAAGAAAGACCACUACCAAUCAACAGGGAUGUAGUGUCAUGAAUUGGCGUUAGCUUGUGUUGACUUCUGCUGCUGUGACAUGACUAAGGAGGCCCUUGUUCCUUCCCCACAAUGUCUGCCUUGUCCUGUGGCAUCACUUAAGGAUAACUACGCAUAGUGUUUGGAGAGUAUUAGUAAACAUGCAUUACUAAUACUUGUCCAGCCAAAAAACAUGCUCGUUGUCUUUCAAAGUCAGUAUUUUACUGACUCGGCUGCUUCUGUCCUCAGUCCUGUUCACCAGUGCUGAUGAGAAAAUGCAGCUUUCUGUUAAGUUACAUUUGCCUUAAUUUGAAAGCUUAUUUUACUUGAAAUAGUAAGUGCCUGCUGUCUUUCAUGCCUGACUUUUUUAACAGAAGCCAGAUGAAGAUAUGCUGAUGUCUGCCAUAGUAUGUAUGAUGUCCAUUAGAGCUUAUUGAUGUUCUUAUUCUUAUUUAUUUGAUUGUAAUGUUCUCAGGAAUUAAUGCACUAACUGAGCAACAUGUGAAGCAUCAUAUUUAUGGAAAGUGUUGUCUCUGACUCUAACUUAUACUUCUUGAUUGCCAGUGUCCAUGGUUGUCUGUUGGUUUACUACCUGUGAACAGCUGAAAUGUUUGUCUUUGGUCUGUGUUGUGUUUCUGGUCUGUUAUUACACCUGAUCACAACUAAUGCUUCCUUAUUGCAUUAAAUGCCUUGCCCAAAAGUACUUGGGGAAAUUGGGAGAAUGUAUUUCCUCCAUCCCACAGUUUCCCUUUCUUAAUGCUUGUGCCUCAGUGAUAUGUUGGUUCUGUUUUACACUGAUCUGUAUAGCUGGUAGGGAACUACUUGUCUCCUUUACAGAGGGCUUAUCACAUUGUUACACCAUUGUGUGUUGUUUUUGACACACUUUUGUGUCUCUUUCUCAUGUUCAGGUCGUACAAUGUUGUUUAACUCUGACAUAUUUCCUUUUUAUUCAAAAUCUCAAGGAUUUAGUUUUUACAAAGUAGUUACAAGCUAAUGAAAUAUCAAAUCCACAAAUUGAGCAUCUGAGCAAAAACUGAACCUUCAGAAAUAAAACAAUGUGAAUGU